ACUUACACAGCCUAUAUUUGGGAGACAGGAUUUUUCAAAAUUAAUGUAAAUUGUAGGCAAAGUAACAUUCCUUGAUGUUUAUUGUUAUUAUUCUACGAAGGGCGGUGGGGGAGUACUGGACAGAAAUGAAUUAUCUAAACGAUAAUUCCAGUCCAAAAAACGUUCCACCAUUGAAUUUUGACUGCAAUGUUUGUCAUUUUCAGAAAGCAUGAUGUAGAACUUCCUCCAACUUGUCAUCGUUUGACGACAGCGUCUUUUAAUUUCUAUUGACAUUACUUCAGAGUAUUGGAAUUGUUUUCGCUGGCAGGAUGUUUCCUGUCAGAUGGAGCGUUGUUUGGCUAUGGAUAUCUUGUGUCCGUACCUUUGCUCAAUCUGCUUCAGAGGAAGUUGAACUGUUUAACUCAAUCAAUCAGGCCAGUCUGAAAUGGAAAUCUGAUGCACCCAAAGCAUGGACUGAGAAACUACUGAGGAUGGGUUCAGAGACUGCUGUGCCAGUCUACCAAGCCUGUACUGAAAACAACAUUGGCAAAAGCAGAUCAUUACUGACAAGUUGGAUUCCGCGGAAGGAUGCACUGCUCCUGCUGUUGGACCUCAAAUUCGCCCAGGAAGAGGAGACAUCGUCCAAUCAGCUAAGUCCACUCCAGAUCUACCUUCUGGAAUCGGACUCUCCACUGCAGACAUUCCAGAAUUCCCGGGCUGCCAAAGAGAUCCGAGCAUCAAAGACCUUCACUGACAAAACAGCAGGGGAUCAGAUUAAGGAGUACCUGGAAUACAGCUCAGGUUUAACGUUGAACACUAAACCCCUCUCGCGCGGCGGCUUCCAUCUUGGAUUCACCUACUCUGGGCCCUGUGUUCUCAUCGCCUCGGUCAGGUUGUACUACAGGAGAUGUCCUGGGUUUUUCAGCCACUUGGCUGAGUUUGAAGGUGCUUCUGCCGGAGCCCGGCCCGUAACGGGGUCCUGUGUGGAGGGGGCCCUGGUGCUGGGUGGGCAGGUGAACCCCCCUGAGAGGGAGUGCCAUGCAGAUGGGGCGUGGGGUCCCCUGCAAGGGGGAUGCGCCUGCGCCCGCGGACAUGAGGAGAAGGGGAACUCUUGUGUAGCCUGUAGAGCUGGAUACUACAAGACAGCCAAUAGCAGUGGAGGCUGUGGCCCGUGCCCAGCCAAUAGCAAGACAGAAGGGGAGGGUGCGGAUGAGUGUGACUGUGUCCUGGGAUUCUUCCGUAUCCAGAGCGACCCAUAUGCCUUAGAGUGCACAAAACCCCCCUCUGCCCCUGUAAAUGUAUCAGUCCACCAUGUCACUGAAUCAAUACUGACUCUUCUCUGGGAGCCUCCUAUUGAUCUCGGGGGGAGAAAGGAAGUGUCAUACGAUGUGGAGUGCUUGGAAAGGGCAGGCGAUUCGGACGCACUGUGGGUGGAGUGUGGGGAGGCAGUCGUCUUUUUCCCCGACUCAGCAGGACUGACUGUCAGUGCUAUUAACCUCACAGGGAUCAGCUCACAGUUUGACUACAAGCUGUCGGUGUGGGCACGUAACAAUGUCACAUUCCAGCAGGGGGCGCCAGCAUCAUCAGUGGCGUCCGUAAUCAUUCACAGAUGGAAAUCAAGAGGGUUAUACACUGCUGCACCCGUCUCGCUGGGCCCUAACCAGUCCAGAGUUAAGCGUCUCUUUCCAUGGUGGGUCGUCGGAGCUCUACUUGGAGGCCUUCUGCUUGCAGCUCUGGUCGCUGUUGUUGUGUUUUCUCUGCGACGGAAAUACAUCAAGCUCGGUCAUGACCAGGAGGUGGAGCUGCUGCCCAUUCACGCAGUUGUGUCCUAUCGUCACAACGUGGAGCCACACUCUCCCCCUGUGGAAGUCAACAACACGGUGUCGCAGCCCAGUGCGGUCCAGUUGCUGUCGGGUGUUAGUGACAGACUGCUGACCAGUCUGAGUAAAGUCCUGGUGGACAGGAACCAGCUGACCCUGGGGAAGGAGCUUGGAGCUGGAGAAUUUGGUUCUGUUUAUGAGGGGAUCUUUAAUCCAGAGGAGGGGGUGGUCAUCAAAGUAGCGGUCAAGACAAUGAGAGUUGGAAUCCACAGUCGGGAGGACUUAGAGUCAUUUCUCAAAGAAGCGGAGAUCAUGCAGCACUUUGACCACACCAAUGUUGUCAAACUUCUUGGGGUCACUUUGGAGCAAGAGCAGGAUUCCCCGCUGCCAGUACCUCUGGUUAUUCUGCCUUUCAUGAAGCAUGGAGACCUGCGGCGAUUCCUCAUCGCUACCCGCUAUGGGGAUAUUCCCAUGUUUGUUCCCCUCCAGAGUCUCUUGCGCUUCAUGAUUGACAUUGCGGCCGGCAUGGAGUAUCUGACUUCGCGGGGAUUUCUGCACAGGGACCUGGCUGCACGCAAUUGCAUGUUGGGGGAUGACCUGCGUGUCUGUGUGGCUGACUUCGGCCUCUCCAAGAAGAUUUUCAGCAACAAUUAUUACAGACAGACAGUGGCCACCCGCAUGCCCAUCAAGUGGAUGGCAAUGGAGAGCCUUUCAGAGUCCAUCUUCACCAUCAAGAGUGAUGUGUGGUCAUUUGGGGUCACCAUGUGGGAGAUUGUGUCCAGGGGAAAGACACCGUAUCCAGGGGUCCACAACUACGAGCUCUUGGACCUGCUGACUGCUGGACACCGACUCAAACAGCCUGAGUCCGAUGACAAACUGUAUGAAGUGAUGCUGCAUUGUUGGCAUAGUGAUCCGGGACAGAGGCCUGGGUUCUUGGAGCUGGGGGAGAGGCUCAAAGCCCUUCUGUGUGAGCUGCCCCCUCUGGACGCCAGCCUGGAGGCCCACUACAUCAACCAGGGGCUGGAGGCCGCCACUAACAAUCCGGACGGUGUUGACCGAGCCGAGGACGAGCCAGGUUAUGAGGGGGGCACGGCAGGGGGCGUGGCAGGGAACGUGUACCUGCCCGCCCCCGUGGCUGUCGCUAAACCUGCAUGGAAGAAAGAGGCACUGCCGGAAGACGAGGAUGGAUAUCUGUGUUAUCAAAGCGGAUCUCCUGUGGCGAAAUUGGAUUAGGGUGGCUGUUGUGUUGGUGUGUGUGUGUGUGUGUGUGUGUGUGUGUGUGUGUGUGUGUGUGUGUGUGUGUGUGUGGGGUUGGGGGGGGUUGCAGAAUCAUGCAGUUGAUGAUUCUGCAACCCCCUCAAACAAUUCAAUCCGGCCUUAACCUGGCAAAAAACGUCACUUUCUUUGGCCACCUCUGGAGAAAUACCCUAAAAGACAAAACCUGUGGCUGCAAAAUUCAGACACGGACAGCCCGGAAGACCAGUCACAUUUUUGGGGGGUUGGGGGGCAUGGAAACAGGGGACAAAGUGCAUGAUGUCUGAGCUGGGGCCCCUGGGCACUUCAUGGAUAUGGAGGUAAUGGAAGAGCACCUCCCGAGGAACCAGAAAAGGCGACUGGAGAGGAAAGGUUAAGUGUGAGCCGGCCCUCAGUGAUUCAGAUAUGUGGCACCUAUCCCUCCAUUAUUACUACACUUGGAAAGGCCCUCCAGGUCCCCGGAUAUAAUCAAUGUCUUACCUUUUGUCUCUUCUGAUAAGUGCACAUUUCUUCCAGUGUUAACUCAAGAAGUGUACUGUAUCCACUUUGAAUGUCAUUGUUUCAUCAGCUAUGCAAAGCAGAUGUGGUGUUGAUGCACUCUAUUUUAGCGUUUAGCUCAGUAAUAGGCAUCUUGAAUAGGUAGGCCACCGUUAGACCAUCAUGGAGCAUUUUGGGAAGGUGGAGGACUCAGCCAUCGUCUUUGCCCCUACUUGUAUGGUCACUGGACAUCUUCAUAAUCAUAAUUUUCUUAACAAUAUGUGUUGUAAAUUCAAAGUAAAUAAUUGCAGCAACAAUUGUGAAAAAAUUAAUAAAAAAGAGGGGAGGUUUUGGUCGCUCUGUUUAAAAACAAAUGCAGCAGCCCUGAUACAGUGAGUUUCCUACCCUGCCAUGUAACCAAAGAUGAAUAUUGCAUUCUCUACUGAUUAUUGCUGUGCCUUCUGUCUCACCAUAUACUGUAAAUACUGUUUGAUGGUCUAUUGACUACUUUAAUGAACUUUGAUACUUUAAAAUAUACCUUUUAAGUUUUAAA